GGUGGACUGUGGGGUCCAGGGGUCAAAAUUCGCGAGGAUGGACUUGAGUAUAAAUAUGGGAUGUUGGCAAUGUCAAGGUACAGUCUUGUAGUCUCCAAGCCACUAGACAGCUCACUAAAAUGGCCGCCCUUAAAGCUUUGAUCAUCCUCGCCGUCGUCGCCGCCUGCAUGGCCGCUGAGGAGCAGAGAGACAAGAAGGAUGUCAUGGCUGCCUACCCAGCUGGUUACGGCUACGGCGCCUACCCCUACUACUCUGGGGCUUACCCAUACGUGGCGUCCGCCUACCACGGAGUAGCCGCCGCUCCCGCCGUCUACCCAGCUGUUGCUUCCCCCGUCUACUCUAAGGCCUACCCAGCUGUGCCAGCUGUCUCUGCCUACUCAGCUGUUCCAGCUGUCUCCACCUACUCGGCUGCCUACCCCGCUAAGACCUACUCAGCUGUCUACCCAGCUGUCGCUGCCAAGGCUUACCCAGCUGUCUCUGCCUACUCAGCUGUUCCCGCUGCCUACCCAGCUGUCUCCGCCUACUCAGCUGUUCCAGCUGUUCACUCAGCUGCCUACCCAGCUGUCCACUCAGCUGCCUACCCAGCUGUUGCCCACCCCGCUGUAUACGCUUUGACAGUGAUAACCACACUCUCUAAAAUGGCCGCCCUUAAAGCUUUGAUCAUCCUCGCCGUCGUCGCCGCCUGCUUGGCCGCUGAGGAGAAGAGGGACAAGAAGGACGUUGUUGCCGCUUACCCAGCUGGUUACGGAUACGGUGCCUACCCCUACUCCGCCUACUCUGGAGCUUACCCCUACUCUGCUGGAGCUUACCCCUACUCUGCCUACUCAGGAGCUUACCCCGCCGCAUACUCAGGAGCCUACUCUGCUGGAGCUUACCCCUACUCUGCCUACUCCGGAGCAUACCCCUACUCCGCGGCAUACCGUAGUUCGGCUUACCCCUACUCCGCCGCCUACUCAGGAGCUUACCCCUACUCUUCCUACUCUGGAGCUUACCCCUACUCUGCUGGAGCUUACCCCUACUCUGCUGCCUACUCAGGAGCUUACCCCUACGCCGCAUACCAGAAGGCUUACUCCGGUUACCACCAUGCCGCCUACCCUUACGCUUACUAAUUUACUUGAAAGGAAAACAAAUUCUCACUUCAAUCAUUAGCAUUUUUUGUUGAAUAUAGGUAGCAUUUUUCAAGCUAUCCAUUAGAUUCAUAGGUAGCAGGGAUUCUGUACAUUUUUCAAAUGGGUAGUAUUGAUGCUAUUCAUUUGUUAAAUGGGUAGUAGUGAUGCUAUACAUUUUUUGAAUGGGUAGUAUUGAUGCUGAACAUUAGUUGAAUGGGUAGUAUUGUGCUUAAUAAAGAAUGCUGACAGCUUGAAGUGAAACUUAGUAUAGGUUAAUAAAUGCUCAAUUUUUCUAAAUUCGUCUGAAAUCUUCCAUAGAAAUCUUCAAUUUUCAAAAAUAAUUUUCAGAAUACAGGUAUCACAUCAUUUUGUAAUUAUUGUAAAUUUUGAAUAAACAGUUCUUACUUG